CACUCCCAUUUGUUUCAGUAGCUGGUCUGGUAGGAGCGCGGGGUUCUUUGCUCGAACCGGAGCUUCGGUUCCUUCGCCGGGAAGUAGCAGAUCUGCGACCGGAGCCGGAAACCGUCGAGGUCGAGGACUGAAAUCGAGCCCAUGGAGUCGGAGAACAGUGACGCCAGCUCGAAAAUGGAGGCGUACGAGGUGAUCGAGCAGAUUGGGAGAGGAGCAUUUGGAUCGGCCUUCCUCGUCCUCCAUAAAUUGGAGAAGAAGAAGUACGUGCUGAAGAAAAUUCGCCUGGCCAAGCAAACAGAUAAGUUCAAACGCACAGCACACCAGGAGAUGGAGUUGAUUGCGAAACUACACAAUCCGUACAUCGUGGAGUUCAAAGAUGCAUGGGUGGAUAAGGGAAACUGUAUAUGCAUCAUCAUUGGUUACUGUGAAGGAGGGGACAUGGCUGAGAUUAUAAGGAAGGCCAGGGGGAUAUUUUUUUCCGAGGAGAAACUCUGCAAAUGGUUAACGCAGUUGUUGUUAGCUGUGGACUACCUGCACUCAAACCGUGUACUACACAGAGAUCUUAAAUGUUCCAACAUAUUCCUUACUAAGGACAAUGACAUCCGGCUAGGUGAUUUUGGGCUUGCAAAGCUACUUGGCACAGAAGAUCUCGCUUCAUCGGUUGUUGGCACUCCCAACUACAUGUGUCCUGAGCUCCUGGCAGAUAUUCCUUACGGUUACAAGUCUGACAUAUGGUCACUUGGUUGCUGCAUGUUUGAAAUAGCUGCUCACCACCCUGCAUUUAGAGCCUCUGAUAUGGCUGGACUCAUCAACAAAAUAAACAGAUCUUCCAUCUCACCCCUUCCUAUUGGGUAUUCAUCCUCACUGAAGCAAAUAAUCAAGAGCAUGCUGAGAAAGAAUCCAGAGCAUAGACCAACAGCUGCAGAGCUGCUAAGGCAUCCUCAUUUGCAGCGAUACCUUCUUCGGUGCAACAAUGCUGCCCCCGUCUUUCUUCCCAUAAAGCCCAUAAACAACUCGAAGGAUAAAAGUGGGAGAAGAUUAUCAUCUGGGAAGCCAAAGGCAGGGAAAGACCACAUAGACAAGGAGAUAGAAGUAGAAGCCUUAAGCCACUCUGAGCAUGUUGAAGCUAAUGGAAACAUGAGACGGGUUGCUGUGGUAACUGCUGGCAAAGCGACAUCCACAGCUAGCACAGAAGAUUAUCUUGAAACCAAGAUGGUUGAUCCAACCAGCUAUACAAUUGAAGUAUCAACCUCUUUUGAUGGUUCAAAAGAUAGUUCUGCUGAUUCUGACAUGACUCUUUCCAAUGGAGAAGGAGGAACUGAUUCUAAGCUUGUAAAGGAACAAACUUCAACGGAAGUCACCUCCGAGAUCAACUCUGAGGGCGCAUUGCCUUCUCUGGAUGGAGGAGGAGGAGGAGAAGAAGCUAUGAAGUAUGUUCAAGAAUACAAGAAGGUUGAUGUCAGUGAUAGCAUCAUGCAGGCUCAGGAAAUAGCACACGCUCAAGAGAUAGUUUGCAACCAGAAGGACAAGGAAGACUGUCAAUCAAAUAUUAAGGCAGAAAAGAGCAGCGAGGUGCAAAUGCCAAAUGAAGUCCACUACAAAAAUGAUGCAGUUCAUGAGAAUGGUACUCCCUCAUCGAGGAUCCUCAAUACUAGUGACGGAAAAGAUAGAGAUCCCACAUGUAGUUCUGACAAAUUAGAAAACUUCACCGACCUGGAAGGUGCUACUGUGGACAAUUUAUCAUCUGGUAAUAAGACGAACCUAGGUAAUGGAGUAAAGGCAAAACAAGAUGAUGUCACCUGUUCCACACAAACUGAGGCUGAUGAUGCUCUGGUUGUGAACCACACACCACUUGACACCUCUUCCUUGAGCACGCAUGCUGCUGCACGCGGAGAAGAAACCAAGAUCAACUGGGAAAUUCCAAGUCAACAUAGAGCUGAUGCUCUAGAAUCUCUGCUCGAGCUAUGUGCACAGCUACUUAAACAGGAUAAGAUUGAUGAGCUCACCGGUGUUCUGAGACCAUUCGGAGGAGAAGCCGUGUCAUCGAAAGAGACAGCUAUCUGGUUGACGAAGAGCCUCAUGUCUUCACAUAAAUUUACUGGAGGAAACUUACCUCAGCAAGAUGAUUGUGAAUAAUCUAUCCGCCGAACUUUUCUUGUACAUGCAUGUACUUUUCAAGGGUGCUCUUUCGCUAAAAUCCAUGAGGACUCUUAGCAUUGAUUAUUUCAUCCCCUGUACAUUCAUUUGAGUGUAAGUAUGAGAAGCGUCUUUCUUGAAGUAGUGUUUCUUGGAACAGCGGUGGAGCUGAAGGAGACGCAUUCUUUGUUGAUUUUACGGAUUCAGUUGCCCUCUGUUUGCAAGAGGAAGUUGUCAUUUAAAUGAUAGUUGGAGUGAUAAGUUAUGUGCAAGAAAUAUGAUUGUCUGCCUGAUGAGCCCCUUUCAGGGUCUUGU